UAUAAAUUUAAUACAAACGCUUAAAAAGACCACAUCGUAUUAGCAAAGAAAGCAUAAGAUACAUUACAUGCCAAUGUAUUUUCCUCCGUUUACUUCCACAACCGUCACCUCACCAGAAAUGUCUGACGUGUCACGCCGGAAACUAACAACAACCAGCAUUCACAUUAUGGCCUUAGACGGCAUCGUCAACGUGAAUUCACUCUUCACUUUAGCACUCUUCCUCGGCAUCACAUCCACUAAUACGAACAACACGCUGGUCGGCGACAACAACACCGCCUGUAUUGCCGGACUCUCCGUGGCCGAAAGCCUCAUGGCCUACCACGUCUACUCCUUCAGCUCCUUCCUUUUCUCAAGCCUCAUUGCUUUGGCUCUAAAAAAUGUCAUCAAAAUCAGCAAUGGUGCCGAGGACGGAGCUGAUACCAACAACUUCUUGGUGAAGGGCUAUGAGUUGGCUGUGGAAGUUAACACUGUUGCAUUGAGGUUGGGAACUUUGGUUUCUGCUUUUGGAUCGGUUUUUGGAUGUGGGUUCUUGGUUAUGGCUUUGGUUGAUUUGGUGCAGAUAAAGUUGGGAACUUUGGCUUGUGGGAGUCAUUAUACAUUUGCUGCUAUUGCUCCUUUGCUUAUUCUUGUUCCCUCUGCGCUACUUAUCUAUGUUGUUCUUGUCCUUUAUGCUUUUACUCGUUAAAGUUAAAAUGUGGAUGUCAAUAAUCAAGGAAUUAAUCAAAUACAGCCUGAAGCGGCGAUGGCUGAAAAAUUGAUAUCAUGCUGUGUCUGGUGGGGAGGUACAAUGGUUGUAUCUACAGCAAGCAGAAUUAAUUAUUAAUACGAAUUAUAUUUUUUGAAGCAAAUUGUUGUUCAUCAAGCAAGCCUAUUCUCUCGGUAGAUUAUCAAAUCCUAAUGUCUUCUGGUUCUGAGGCACUGAAGACACAUUAAAUUUGUCCAUUACAAUGUGUAUAGAUAUAGAGAGACUAAUCAUGUAGCGGAUUGCUUAAGUAUGCUUGAUUUAUCUCUUGUUAGUAGUUGUAAAGGUUUUAAGUCGCUGCUUCCUUUUUGUCGGUGUUAGGGUGGGAUAUCGCCUUAUUUAGUUUUCCUAGUAGUAUUUAGUGUUCGGUUUGUGGGGCUUCUGGCCCAUUUUGUUCACCCAAAAGAAGAAAGAUAGGUUUGUUCAUUUACUUA